CUCGACUCCAUCGUCUUCGUCUUCUACUUUCUGGGAUUCUCGUAUUGUUUUGAAGAACAAAAUUUUCACUUUAAGAGGACAGAUUCGAUCAUCAGUCCCUAUGGAUGUCCCUCUUCCAGUCGAAAAAUUAUCUCUUGGAUUGGAAUCUGAGGACAAGAAGAUUCAUGUAGUGCUUGUUGCAACCGGGAGUUUCAAUCCUCCCACUUUCAUGCACUUACGCAUGUUUGAGCUGGCGAGGGACGCACUGCAAUUGGAGGGAUAUCGCGUUGUUGGAGCCUAUAUGUCUCCUGUGAAUGAUGCAUACAAGAAGAAGGGCCUUCUGCCUGCAGAGCAUCGGUUACAGAUGUGCAAUCUCGCAUGCCAAAGCUCCGAUUUCAUAAUGGUCGAUCCAUGGGAGGCAGCUCAGGACAGCUACCAGCGAACUCUGACAGUUCUGUCCAGGUUUAAGAGUUUCCUGAGACACAAUGGGCUUGUACCCGAGGAAUCCCUCAGAGUCAUGCUUGUUUGUGGUGCCGAUCUGCUCCAUUCUUUCACCAUUCCCGGAGUUUGGAUUCCUGAACAGGUAAAGACGAUUUGUAAAGAUUAUGGUAUUGUCUGCAUCCAUAGAGAGGGACAAGAUGUUGAGAAAAUCAUCUCUGAGGACGAAAUCUUAAACGAAACCAAGGACAAUAUUAGACUCGUCGAUGAUCUCGUGCCUAACCAGAUAAGUUCAACGAGGUUGAGGGAAUGCAUUUCAAGAGGGUUAUCCAUAAAGUACCUGACUGAAGAUGGAGUCAUAGAUUACAUCAGACAGCACCAACUAUACCUUAAGCAGUGUUGACAUAUAUAAUAUAUAUGGAUCAAAUAUAUUUGGAUCAAAUAAGAUCAUCAUUCCAAAGA